AUGGAGUCAAAAGGACCCCGACGACGGACGGCUCUAGGGGCUCCGCAGUCGCCUCUAUUAAAAGGCCAUAAUAGAAGUAACAGCAAUAGCCACAAUAAUAAUAAUAAUAAUAAUAAUAAUAACAAUAAUAAUCCCAGUGCCUCCUCUCCACAUGCAGAAAGUGUCAAACCGACCAUAGCUGCUACUAAUACUAAUACUACUACUACUACUACUACUACUAGCGGCACCAACAACGACAAUAGCAACAACAACAACAAUAGCAAUCAAACAAAAGGACGUCCAGUUGCCGUAACCCGCACAGACAGUUUGUUAAAACCUCCACCGCCUGUACGGCGUACAUCCGCAAUGCCGUCUGGAAUGCACAUUCGCCGUCGACCGCCAUCUGUGCAGGGGCGUGCCGCCUCGCCGUUUCUCCCCCGCCAGGCGGUGGCGAGUCUACGCAAGGAAAUCAUUGAACACCGCACAGAUCCCUCACCAGCACCCUCACGUCCACCGCGGGCUGUCAAACGUCAUUCCCUCGCCGCCUCACCGCCGAUGUUUUCAUUAAAUCCCGCUCCUCCAUCACGUGGAAUGUCUGAUCAACAACAGCAACAACAACAACAACGCAUGACAAGUGCGUUUCAUGGUGGGGCGAAUGAUAGAAGACGAUCAUCCCUGAUUAGACGAACCUCACAGUAUUCCAAGAAGAACUCUAUUGUCAGUGAAGGCGGUAGUACCGGAGCGGAACGAUCAGCAUCAACCGGUUUACAUGGAGUCGCUCGACGUAAUAUUGUGUUAGAUGCUAAACAAAACACACGGCCCAUCUCCGGGCGUAGACAACAACCGCUGGAAGUUCUCGCACCGCCUGAUAAGGAAGCCCGUGCAGAGGCGGUUCGAUGCUAUAAGAAAUUAUGUGAAGAAGUUGGACAAGCACCGCAAGAAACUUGGAUUCUUGCUGUAUUAAGUGGAGAAGCAGCGGCAGCAGCAGCAGCAGCAGUGGCGGUAACGACAGAGACGGUUGGAAAUGUGGAUGAAGCUGUUGAUGAUAGGAAAGUCCCAACUCAUUCAGGGGAGGGAAUGGUUAUCUCAUCUGCAAUGGAAUCUAAAAUGACACCAGGAAGCAGCAAGACAACGAUUCUUACUGGUGCUGCUGGUAUUGCUAGUGGUAGUAAUAGUGUUUCUGUCACUAUGGAGAAGGGUUCAAAACGACGAACAAGUAGUCGGAGUGCACCACAAGGAGCGCGAAUGGGAAAAGAAACUAAACGUAGUAGUAGUGCAUCUAAACGACGUAGUAGUAGUACUUCUUUGAAAGGCUCUAUUCCCUCAUCAGGGAGUUCUUUAGCAAAAGGCCUUAAAGGAAGUGAUACACUAUUAGAGCAAAUGGUAGCAUAUUGUCAACAUCUUCAGCCUUAUCGUCGUAAAAUGGAAGUGUUAUCACAACACCGUAAGAAUGUGCAUGAGACUCUUAGUCGCUUUUUAGCUCUUUGUGAAAGUGGUCAACAACAGAUCACAGAAAUUAGUUCUAAACCUCCUACCAUCACUACUCUUGAGUCUCAGGCAGCAACACUCACAGAUGGUCUAAGAGAACUACAACGGUCUAAUGUCGCACUCUUGUUACUUUUGGCUGAAUGUUCCCGAGAAGUACGACGACCAUUAGGAAGUGUAGGUGAUGUUUUACACACUACUUCACCAGAUAAACAAGAACAACAACAAAAACCACUAGAGACAAAGAAAAGUGACGGUGUUGCUUCACCAACACAUUCUUCUAUUCAUCGAAUAUCAAACCCUCCGCACUUCUCAUCACCUUUAACACAAGGUGGUGCGACUAAUCCUGCGCCAUUGCCAUUAUUUCUCCCUUCAUCAACUGAACCUCCUAUAGGGUAUAUGAAUUUUCUACGUGCAGAGGAACGACUUAUUGUGCGUGAGUUAACAGAUGUAUGUGAGCGUGUUCGUGAGGCUCUAUCAAAGUGGCCUUCUCUUGCCAUAGCCGAUAAAAGUAUCUUGGAAACACCUCUCUUUAUUCCCUCUCUAUCCAAUGUGAAUUCGGCAUGUUUAGAUGAACAAUUGCAACGACAGCAAUCUGGUGGUGUUAGUGGUUUGUAUUUUCACCGUAGUGGUGUAACUGGAUCUGGACCGAGCAGUAUUGCACUUUCUCAUUCAGAAAAUACAGGGAAUAACCGUGUGUGUACGACAAGAAGUGGUGGUAGUGCGAAAAGCCCUGAAAAUCGCAUGGGAUUUUUUGUGAAAAACACUGCCUUUACAGAUGGAAGUCUCUGUACUCCUGCCUCUGAUCAUCUCUAUAUGGAAGGACAAGAAAGUCAUCAAUUCCCAUUUGUUGGUGUAGCGCAGAUGGGAUGGUCCACUACGACCACCACCGCUGCCGUCUCCCGCACAACUUCUGUGGGUGAAAGUGAAGGGAAUUUACAUAGAAGUAACACAAGUGCACCGCAGUUGGUGUUGGGUGGUGGGAAACGAUGUCUCUCGCCUUAUGGAGGGACACUUGAAAAGCGUUUUAGCGCUCCUCCUAUAGUGGGAGGUAAAAGUAAGCCGGCGAGUCCAGGAGGAAAAGGAGGGAAAGGAGAAGGAGGAGUAUCAAAGAAAAAAGCCGUGGUAAAAUCGAAAUCAGCAACAGCAACAACAAUGGCAACUCUGGCAAGAGGAUCAUCAUCGUCAUCAUCGUCAACGCCAAGAUUAGGAAAACGACAAAAAGGGAAUCCCAUGUUAAAGGUAGGACGAUCUGCAAGUACCACAGAUGUUAUUGCGGUAGCACAGAUUAGGGAAGCAGAACAAACAUGGGAAACUAUAAAAGGUUUGGCGGCAUUAAUUUCCUCUCGUGAAGAGUUAUGGUCAGAAGAAAAACGGUCCCAGAAUAAUAAUAUUAAUAACAACAAGAAUUUAGAACAGGACGUAGAAGCUGAAAACGAUGUAUCAAAGUCCAGCAUACCACAAGUUGGACCCAUGUCUCCAAUCUCUCCGAUGGAUAUUGCAUUAGAUAAUGAUAUGAAGUCUCUUGGUUCCCAAUGGUGGGCUCCUUUAAUGGGAUCAUCGCAGAAGAAUGAGACACCUGGUGGUACGCAAUCUGCCAUUGCUCUUUAUAGAGAACAUAUGCAGAAAAAACAAGCAGUAAAGGUAAUUGUUCGUUCUCUACGAAGGUAUAUUAUUUUAAAGCGUAAUUAUCUAAAUAAAGAACAAAUAAAGAAAAAAGAUCAUCAACAAAAGAAAGACGAAAGGAAAGAACUGCCUGUAAAGGGAGAGUAUGGUAAAGUGUUAGAUCCCUUAGAAGUACAUGUGAAGAUGGCAAAACGAAUUGCAUCUUGCUGGCAUCAAUAUGUUGCCCGAAAAACCGCACAACAACGGCGAUUGCAACUAGAGAAGGAAAGAGAAAAACAAAAAAGAUGGCAUUAUGAAAAUGUUAUGGCUUACCGAAUACAACGUUUCUUUGCUAAAAUUUUAGCACGACGAAAGUUACGUGAAGCUAUUAAGAAAAAAGCUACUUUGAAGGAAAAAGAAGAUGGAAAUAAGAAAACAUCUACUGUAGGUGAUGUGAAAAAUAGAAAAGAGAAUAAUGAACGUGCGAUGACCGCGCGAGAAAGAUUUGAACGUGCAAGAGAGAGACGUAAAAAUCUCAUGCGUUCCCGUCUUGAAGCUGUAGGAGGAGGAGGAGAAGGAGGAGAAACUGGUACUACUAAUAUUGAUAAAAAGGAAAAUAUAGAAAGUGCACCCGUUUCCUCCAUCUCUGGAAUUAAACCGAUGCCGAAUGAGUCCAAAGAAGAAGGAGAAAAAGAAGAUGAGAAGGAAAAAGAAAGAAAGGAAUCUCAGCAAGAAACAAUGAAAGAUGCUUUUAGUGUCCCGCCCUUAAGUUUAAAAACUACUCGCAUCUCCGCUUUCGCCAUUGAUAAUUAUUAUCCAGAGAGAGAGAGUUUUGAAGUUAGUGUCUUGCAUCGUUUGUUGCGUGCACCAAAGUCUAUUCUCUAUGCAAUUCGUAUUAUAUGUGAUGCCUGUCCAACACGACCGGAUUCUGCAUUUGAUCUCCUUUCAGCUGCGGAAAAGGGAAGUUCAAAGUCGAAAUCCAGUGGUAUGGAGAAAUUACAACAGCAGGAAAUCAUGGAAUGUGAAGGGGAAAAUAAUAAUAAUAAUAAUAAUAAUAAUAAUAAUAAUAAUACAAAUGGUAAAGAAAGAGAGGGAAGCAAUAGUAGUAGUACUAGUACUCAAAAGACGACGCCUGCUAAAGAGGAUGCACGACAUUUCAAAAGUGAUGGUAGUAAAGGAAAACAAGAUGAAUUACAGUGGGAGUUAAGAUCUUACCGUACCGUCUGUCAUCGUCUUUGUACACGAGAAGGUGAAAUAAAACAAAAAGAAAAACAACAAAACAACCGUAAACCAUUUUCUGUCUGUCCACCCUCUGUUCGAGUGGGAAGUAUGAUUGGAGAAGAUGAACUAGGGCAGAAGAAGGCGCCAAAAGAAAAGAGAGUAGAUCGACCAUUUGAACGUUGGGGGGCUGCACAUGCCUUUCAACGUCGUGUCUUUGCAGCUGCAGCGGUGUAUGCAUGGAAACUUAUCUUCAGUCACACUCCACAUGAUGAUUACAAACAAAGUAUGUUGAAAACAAGAGAAGAACAGGAGGCGCGAUUGGAGCGAGUGGAACAGCGUAAUCGAAUGAUUCUUGCCUGUUAUUGUGUUCGCUCUGAACGUGAAUGGUUAAAAGAAGCCACUCGUGAUAUUAGUUUUGUUGGACACAUAUGGAAUCCAAAGAAAUCAUUGGAUCCAAACGAUCCAGAUUUUGAAAGACACUGUCGUGAGACUUAUGAGUUUGUAGAAGACUUUCUUUAUCAAUGUUUUCCCACUAUUACGAGUUUAGAUGAUGUACCAACAUUUCUUAUAGGUGCUGGGGUUUACUUUGUAUUAAAACCAUUACUCAGUUGGGUAGAAGAAGAUAUGACAUUAGCAAAGACAAGUAAAUCCCCACUUUCUACUGUUAUUUCUCCUCACCUGUCCACUACAUUAUCUCUUCAACAACGACAUGCUGUCUUUACAUGUGAAUUAUUAAAUCUAUUGGAUGAUCUUGCCUGUUGGAAUGCCCCAACAUCCAGUGAUGGAGAUGAUGCCUCACCAGGGACGUGUAGUGUGAAGGAAUUAGAUAGUUCCGGCACCUGGGAAGAUGCCUUUGAGCGGACAACGCGAUCACUCGCAAUGACAAUGCAAUUCAACAGUAGUAGUCAUCCAAACUCACUGGAGGAAAGUCCAGUGAAUGAAAAUGUCUUAACGGGCGCAGAUGUGAAAAGACCACGAUUGCAGAUUGUGCGGGUUCCAGUAUCCAUUGCAUCACCAGCGAAUAUAUCCACAACAGAGGAGGUGGCGGUGUCGGAAGUAACAGACGCGGUACUCUCAGCUCCACUCUCACCAUGUACACCACCGUCAGUGGUAAAGACAGCCUCACGGCGUUUUUAUGUGAAACGCAAUUCCGUGGAUGAUAGAGAUUCACGAUUUUUAUUAAUGCCACCGAAGGGUUAUCUUGUGACUCUCAGUGAACGACUGGUGUAUGCGUUACUUGGGCUUGCACUUGAUCUGGAAGUGUGUGAAGACUUGGAUACUAUGGCGUAA